GCCAAGGACGCACCAAGGCGACGCUAGUGGUGGCGAGCGAGCGUGGCCCUGUCUGCGCUAGUGGAUGAGUCAGGCGUGUAAGGGAUUGCGUUUUGGUGGAAUCGUUGUGUUCUAGUUUCUAGUGAAACUGCAUGGAAUAUUGUGGAUCGCUGUGUAGUCAGCAGUGAGUACGCAAGUACGGAACGCGUUGUUACAAUGUCGAAAGGUGUUGUUCUUGUGGCCGCUCUAGUAGCGGUAUCAUUCGUUGUCGAUGCAGAAAAAACUGCGGCUUAUUCGAGCCAACAAUCAUUAGAUGAUGAUUCCGAUGUGAUUGAAGCUGCCGCCGGUGUUCGAAGCUCUCGCCAGGUCUGGGUAUCACCGCGAGCGGCCAACUGGAAGCAGUCGCUCGGUGAUGGCAAUCCGUGUCUGACGGCCAAAGGCCACCUCGGUUACUGCACAUCGUUCCGGAAGUGCUAUCCUUACUUCAAGGUACCGGACCUCAACGUCUGGGACUCGUGGGUACUCGGUAACUACGACACCUGUAGCUACUUCAACGAUGACGGUCGCCAGGCAUUUGGCGUCUGUUGCACCAACCCCCUCACACCGCUCCCGAUUGACGGAUCGAACGGUAUUGGUAUUGGGGGCGGUGGAGGAAUGCUGGUACCCGGUGGUGAGGCACCAGUAGCCGGUGGUCCGGCCGCGAAACCACCGAACAAGAACAACAACUACCCGAGCUGGCCACCACCAGUCCCGACGCAUCCACCGGACCACACGGCUGCCACUCAUCCGCCCUCGUUCGGUGGACCAGCGACGACCGUGUCAUCCGUGGUCGUUUCCGAACCUACGCAGCGACCUACGACAACGUGGCCUACGCGUCCUCGGCCGCCCCAGGUGCCGAACCAGCCGUCCACAGCACCACCUUCCCCGGUAGGUGUAUGGCCACCGCCCGUACCGACGCAUCCACCGUUCGAUUUCUCGACCCUGCCUACAACGACACCACCGACGGCCUCCUUCCCAGCCGGUGGCAUCGCUUCAACCGAAGGCUGCGGAGUGAAAAAUGGUAAUCCGGAUACGGAACGUAUCGUUGGUGGCCAUAAUGCAGACCCGAACGAGUGGCCCUGGAUAGCGGCGCUCUUCAACAAUGGACGCCAGUUCUGUGGAGGUUCGCUUAUCGACAACAUCCACAUCCUGACGGCGGCCCAUUGCGUGGCACACAUGAGCUCCUUCGACGUGGCACGUCUGACGGUGAAGCUCGGUGAUCAUAAUAUCCGAUCGAACACGGAAAUCCAGCACGUGGAACGGCGUGUCAAGCGUUUAGUUCGUCACCGUGGAUUUGAUUCACGGACGCUAUACAACGAUGUGGCCGUCUUGACGAUGGAUCAACCGGUUCCGUUCACGAAACAGGUACGACCAAUCUGCUUACCGGGGGCGGAUAACUCGCGAGCCUACAAUGGCCAAACGGCCACCGUUAUCGGCUGGGGAAGUCUGCGCGAAAAUGGACCACAGCCGGCUGUUCUGCAGGAGGUGAACCUACCAAUCUGGACUAACGCUGAAUGUCGUGUUAAGUAUGGACCGGCGGCCCCAGGUGGUAUCAUUGAUACUAUGCUCUGUGCUGGCCAGGCGGCCAAGGAUUCAUGUAGUGGCGAUUCCGGAGGACCGCUUAUGGUGAACGAUGGUAGGUGGACGCAGGUUGGCGUCGUCUCGUGGGGUAUCGGCUGUGGAAAAGGACAGUACCCGGGUGUGUACACCCGCGUGACCGCAUUCCUGCCCUGGAUAACGAAGAACAUUAAGGAUGUCUGAGGGUGAGAGAAUUGGGCAAGUUGCUGCCCCACUUGUUCGCGCUUGAAUUGCCAUCAGCCGGUGCAUCCGUAGUACAUAUUUUAAGAUAUCAACCGAUCGCAAAUCGCAUUCGGCGUUUUGAAA